AUGUCACUCCGGAAUGGGGGUCACGUUCGCUGGGCAUUUGACCUCGCUGGCUGGCGACCUAGUUUGGCGGAUCUGCUGCUAGCGACGUCCUGCAUUCAGCCCGAGGAAAAGAACACGCUGCAGCGGUUCGUGUUUCGUGACGAUUUCAAUGCAUCGCUAAUUGGACGGUUGAUGAUGCGCCGGUUUGUCCAGCUGGCCACGGAUUUGGCGUACGACGAGAUCAAGUUCGAGCGCGAUUCGAAAGGCAAACCGUUUCUGAAGAACGAGGGCGUGGCGGUUGAUUUUAACGUAUCGCAUCAAGGACGGUAUGCGGUGCUGGCCGGUAUGGCCACCAGCGGCACUAAACAGCAGUCGAAUAGUAGCACUAAAUCCUCACCCAAAAUAGGGGUCGAUGUGAUGAAGAUCGAGUACGGUGGAGGCAAGCCUUUGGACGAGUUUUUCCGCCUGAUGACGCGCAACUUCUCCGACGACGAGUGGCGGUACAUACGCGGCCGAAGCGACGAAAAUGCACAGCUGGAAGCGUUCAUGCGCAACUGGUGUCUGAAGGAAAGCUACGUGAAGAAUGUCGGUGUGGGCAUUACGGUUGAUCUGAGGAAAAUUAGCUUCCGGAUACAGACGGAGUUGCUUGCGCGGGAUCGCGUCGUGAGCGAUACGACGCUACGCGUCAAUUCGGAACCGAUGGGCAACUGGCGGUUUGAGGAAUCGCUGAUCGAUCGUGACCAUUGUGUGGCGGUAUCGUUGGAGAAUGUUCCCGCGGCAGAAGAUCUGAGUGGCAACUGUUUCGAGCUGAUCGAUUUUAAGGCGCUUGUCGAGGGUCAUAGACCGCUGCUGGCGAUCGAUGAAAAUUAUUGCGAGGGUAUUAUCAGCAAGGAGUACAAGAAGUCGAAGUAAAGCCAAGAUUUUAUGCACAUACUAUUGGUGAUGGGUAG